UGGAGCUCGUCAACCUCACGUGCGAAGGUCAAUGAAAGUUCAAGAAAAUGGAGGGAGAAUGCGAUGAUUUAUCGAGUGUCUCUUUCGUGAGCAGCAUAUCGGCCACGAGCAGUGUCCACCAUCCUAGGCCACCAGAUAGACCCAAGCCAUCAGCACAACGAUUCCACACGAAAUCAUCAGGGAAAGUCGUGAGGUCGGGCUCCCUUGCCACCAGUACACCUUAUCCUAACAAGAAGAGGCAGAGAAGAUCGUCAGCUAAUGAGAGCUCAAUGGGAUCACAGUCUCGACGAAACAGCUCAAAACCACCAAAACGUGUACCUCACCCCUCCGGCUCCUCGUUCCUCCAGUCCCUCAUGAUGACAGGGGGUUUCUCGGCUGUCCUGACGGGGGCUACCCCCUCAAAGAGAAAGAGGACUCACAGCUACUCUAGUAGCCACUCUGUCAAGAGAGAGAAGACAAAGCACGAAUCAAUCUCCAAUGGAGGGCCGAUGUUCUCCAGCUCAGGGGAUCUGGAUAUCAUAGCCCUACGAGACGAAACAGUGAGACUUAGGCAACUCAUCAACUCUGUAAUGAAAGAGAGAGAUUUAGCAAAGGCUAUUUUGAGCAAAACUCAAGCACUGGUGGCUAAGAAGGACAAGGAGAUUCAAGACCUAUUGACAGCAGGACAUGUCCCGUCGCGAGAGGCUACUCGCUCUCUAGUUAAAAAGAGUGGGUCAUCACCCGGUACUGCUCUCAGGGUCAAAGUUCAUUCCCUGGAGACGGCACUGAGGGAAAGGGAGAGAGAGUUGGCAGCUGUUAAAGGUGACGUGUCUGUAACGAGGAUCAGAGAGAUGGAGAUACAGACUGAGACUUAUUACAGGGAAGUAUGCAGACUAUCGAGCAUGUUGUCUGAGAGAGAGGGUAUUGUAUCAUCCCAGACAGAGAGAGGUGCUCAGAUCAAACUGAAGGCACUCAACAAAGCCAUGGUCAAGAUGGCUGCUCAAGUGGAGGGCAUGGAGCACAAAAACUCUCUAUUGACCAAGAAACUGAAAAUGUAUGAAGCUGACAGAAGUGCUGGACCCGAGGUUAUUAGUCAUAAUGAGCAGGGGCUGAGGGGAAGUAUCGCCGACAAAUACGUGGAUCACAAGAGAAGUCAACUGCUCUCAAGUAUUGUGGACCUAGAACUGAAAGCUUCCGAGACUGGGUCCAAACUAAAGUCCAUGGUGUCUGAGAUGGAGAGCAGCAAGGCUCACUAUGAGAGAAGGAUAGGGGAACUCACCGGUGCUCAGAGUGACUCCUCUGACAGGAUACAGUCACUGCAAACUCAGAUGUCAGAAGUGGUGACUGAGAGAGACAAACUUCGCAAUGUUGUGAGGAAAUUGAAGGAUGAUAGAACCCACUACAGAACAGUGGCUGAGGGCACUCAAGAGUCACUGGCUACAGUGCAGGAGCACUUGGAGAGUGAGAAAAUGAACAAGAGUGGAGUUGUGAAAGAGUUAGAAGUCCUCAGAGAAAAGCAUCAGAAUGAAAUGACUGCUAUUGACCAUGCAAGAAAGUUGGCUAGUCGCAAGUCUCUUGUAUUCACUCCUGAGCGAGAGAAGCAAUUGACGGCAGCUUCUACUCUUCAGCACCACUGGAAGAGACGACAGUCAACCAUUAAACAAAGACGGUUUGAGGAAGAGCGGGAACAAGCCGUACUGCAUCUCCAGAGUGCACUUAGAGGGCAUAUGGCCAGGAGGCAAAUGGUGGAAGGCACAAAACUAGAUCGAGUGGAUGAGCCAAUUAGGCGCAGAUCACAUGACAUUAAGCUGAGUGAAAGCAGUGGUAGUGAAGAGUCUGACGCAUCAGAUGCAGUGGAGACCAUCCAGUCCGCUAUGAGGGGAUACAUGGCCAGACAGAUGGCAAUGAAGGAUCUGAAUAGGAUUGAGUCGAGGGCACCAUCCUCUCCCCCAGUGCCAGUGGUGAGUAUUGGUGAUCUAUGGAAGGACGGGGCCACUGUGUCUAGCCUUGUGGGCUAUCAACCCCCUCACACCUCACACACGGUUGACAGUACUCACAACAGAAGUGUCACUAAAGGGAAUAGCUUAAGUGAGGAUGUUGGUCCGUGGAGGGCAUGUGCAGAGAUGUCUGAUGGAGACACGCCUCCUUUAGUCCCCUCUGCCUUUUUACGGCUCAACCACUCACACUCAUCCAGCACUAUCUCGCUAGUCGACAGUCCUGGAGAAAAAAGCUUACUGAUUGAUGAAUUUUGACAGAUUAGCUAUAUCACCACUUAUAGCUUGUACUAUGCCACUCUUAUUUGUUAUGCUAUUGCAAUGUCCAGUCUGUUACAUGCAUGUACAUGAGAUUAUACAGUACCUAGACCAGA